AAAUUGUAAUUCCUUGCAAACAACCUACAGGAGCUGGGGAUUCCACGCGCUGCUACCACUGCGGCGGCGCACUAAGAAACUGGGGCCAUUCGCACAACGUCUUUGUCCUGCACGCCAAGUGGUUCCCAAACUGCAGUCACAUGCGUCUCCUCAUGGGCCAGAGUUUCGUGGACACGGUGCAGGAAUGGAGGCGAGCCGGGGAGGUACACAGAUCCGCACAAUCACAAUCGUGUCUUCAUGCUUUCAUCACAACCAUCUUCAUUAUCACCCCUGCAAGCGUAGUAGUGUAUUAACUUUCAUCACCGUCCUCAUCAUUAUCACCAUUCCAAGCGUAAUUGUGUCUUUACUUUCAUCACACUCAUCAAAGUCACCAUUAUCAUCACCACCAUCAUCAUCAUGCCCAGCAUUACCAUUGUAAGCGUAAUACCGAACAUCAUCCUACUGCGACAUGUACAAAAUACCUGCCUCUUUACCUCAAUUUUAAUUUUUUUUUGUUCCUUUUCCUGGUGACAUCAUGCGACAUUAUGCGACAUUAUGCGACAUUGUGUGACAUUAUGCGACGUUAUGCGACAUUAUGCGACAUUAUGCGACACUCUGCGACAUUAUGCGACAUUGUGUGACAUUAUGCGACAUUAUGCGACAUUAUGCGACAUUAUGCGACAUUAUGUUUAACGGCUAGAAACGUUCAUGUAAUAUAAAUUUAAUGUUGAGUAGAAUUCCUGAAAACAUGUUUAAUCUCCAUGCCUAAAACAACAAUAGACACAUCAGUAGGCUAAAGUUGAAGGUCAAACUUCAUCUGCGAUCGUUAAAACUGGACAAACGCCAUGAGAGAAAUAUAUACACGCCCAGAACCGAUAGACUUGGAAAAAUUAAGGCUUGGGGUGGGGGGGGGAUGGCUGAAUUUAUUUGGGGGGAAUUACGAAAUUACAGUAAACCGCAACUUUGAAGUUGAAGUAUUUAGGUUUAAUUAUUUCAUGUUAAACCUAUAUGUAUGUACCAUUGCCGUAGCUAGGUUUAGUGCCGCCCGCGGGCAGUGGUCGAAGCUUUUGUGUCCCCCCACACCCCUUUUCCACGAAAAAAGCCUCCGCAGUUGGCACAAAAAAAAAUAAAAAAUGCCGUUCGGUCUUAUAAAGAAAAUAGUUCCACCUGGGGCGGAUCGCCCCCCUCACUCACGCACCCCUUUUUCGUACGCCACUUGUGUGUACGAUUCGUAUCUCAAAUCUCAGCGUGUUGGAUCUUUUAAUGCGAGAGUGGUAGACGUGCAUUGUUUGCAGACAAAUUGUUAUUACGUUUACUUUCUGGCCAUUCUGUAAGCAUUUGCUUUAUUUAUAGAUCACUAUUCUCAAUCAUAGGGCGGCUUGGCAAAGAGCGACCACAGGGUCUAACACCGUUAUUAUUAUUUUUAAAAAUAUAUAUAUUUUGAUGCCAUGGAUGAUGUCUUAGCUUAAUAUGGACAAAAAAAUCAAAACGACUAGAAUUUGAUUAAAAAUUUAACAUUCUACACAAAAACGUAAUGAAGAACUCUAAUCUCAUAAAUAUGAAUUCUGGUUUCUCAACGAUGAAUAAGACAUUUACACAAAAAAAGUAAUAUUGUUAUUGUUUGGGGAUGUUUUUCUCCUCCAUUGACAGAACUCACUGGCUUCUCUGUAUUCUAAGCUGAGGCCGAAAGAAAUUGAAACCAUCACAGGUACGACAAUUCUGUUCAUUUGAUUAUUUUUUUUUCUUAAAUUUCAAUUAUUUUUACUUAGGUUUAGCCGUUACAGUGAACAUAGUUGUUCAAUCAAAUAACUGUGUCACAAUAUACGUAUACAAACAGUAUAUAUUUCAAAUAGAAAUAAUGGAGCUGUAAAGUUUUUGUGUACUAAAAUCAUGUACGGUACAAAAGAUCAAUAUAAGAAUAGCUUCGGGGUCUAUAAAAAAUUGUUUAAGCACUUCCUAAAGUAUUUUCACGACCUAUACAACUUUAAUAUUCUAAAAUAGCGAGUAAAAGACCUUUAAAUCUAAUGCAACACCUGUAUAGCUAGCACAAGACCUUUUAUAGCUAGGUCAAAACCUUUAGAGCUUGCACAAGACCUUUAUAGCUAGUACAAGACCAUUAUAUCUAGCACAAGAUCUUUAUAGCUAGUACAUGACCUUUACAGCUAGUGCAAGUCAUUUAUAUCUAUUAUAGGACCUUUAAAGCUAGUACAAGACCUUUAUAGCUAGUACAAGACCUUAUAUCCAUUACAACACCUUUAAAACUAGUACAACACCUUUUAUAGCAAGUACAAGAUCUUUUUAGCUAGUGCAAGACCUCUAUGGCUAGUACAAGACCUUUAUAGCUAUUACAAGACCUUUAUAGAUAGUAAAAAGACCUUUAUAGCUACUACAAUACCUUUUAUAGCUAUUACAAGCCCUUCAUUCAUAGAGUAAGCAAUAGGUGUUUUGAAGUGGUAUCUACCGUCAUUAUGUCAAGAAAAAAUACAUUCCGCAUUGAAUGUGUCGUAUAAAUCUAUCCUACGUGCAAGAUGUAAGAGUUAUACAAUUGAAAGGUCGCGCCAGCAGAUCAUCAAUCAUUUAUUGUAAUCGAUUUCAUCAGUCACGCUUCAGUGACAUUAGUGCAAUGAAAUUGCAAAAAUAAAUGUUAACAUGGAAUUAUUAAAGGUUUACACCCGAAGGAUAAUGCUAAAAUGUAUGUUUGUAAUGUUGUGUUAAAAAAAACAUAUCUUACUUAUUCUUACAUAAUAUAUCAGAUGUAUGCCAUUUUAAAGUAAGAACUUCACCACAUAUGUUGUUUACAGAGAUUACGCCUUUCAUUUUUUUAUUAUUUUUUUUAUUUGUCAAAGCUGGUUUUCAGAAAAGAAAGAUACCCACUGGAAAGGAACUACUUUGUAAGAUGUGUGAGGGCAGUGACGUGGCUAUCAUGUUUAUCUCCUGCGGGCAUCUAGCUACGUGUGCCCUGUGCGGGCCCGGAGUGGAGAAGUGUCCUGUGUGUCAGAUACAAGUAACAGGAAGGGUCCGAGCCAACUUUUAAUUCAGUGCGGAGGUCUCUCGUCUUACUGACAAGUUUUAUCGUAUGAUUGAAUUCCGGUGAUGAUGAGUAAUUGUUUAUGCAUUAAAAAAUGUAAAUAUGUAUCAAUAUGAAAUUUAAAUCUUCCAUUUCUAACUCAUUAUUAUUUAUUUUUUUCUCUCUGAGAGCCAAGAGAUUAUGUUGGUGCUAGUACAAUCCACUGUGAUCCAAAUUAAAAUGACACUGAAAUGAAAGGAUGAUGCUGCAUGCUGUAUAUAACUGAUGAUGAUAGUGAGAUUCAGAGAGACAAACCCAAACUAAAAAAAAACAUGUAUGCAAGUAGGAAUCAGCUCAUAGCCCAUAAGAUAACAAUGACUGGUUUCAUUGACAGGUAAUGGUCUUCUUUUUUCGAGGCACGUCUUAUGUAUUUAUGUUCACUCGACCAUUAUCCUUGAAAUAUGUUCAUUUAACCUUUAAAACACGUCUUGAUGUAUGUAUGUAUGUAUGCAUGUAUGUAUGUUUACCAACCAAAAAGCCUUAAGCUGUGUUCUUUUUACCAUACGAAGAAAAAACGAUACUGGCCAUAGUUUUAUAAAUGAUGAAUAAAUGGUUAAAAUUAAAGGGGAUACAAGCUGCUUCAAACAUUCCAAAGUCAUCUACCGGAUAAGCAUUUGCAUGAUUUUUUUCAAUACAGAUUAUCGAUUGCAAAACUAUUUUUGUAUCGAAAUUUUUUGCAUUUUAUUUGAAUAAAAAUGGC